AGAAUCAUAUAAGUAAAACUACAUUACAAGAGUAACAUCUGCCGCAACGUAAGACAUUAUUAUAUUGUGGGAUUCACUACAGUUUUAAGCGUUGAUUGAAAACGAAGUAUUCUUGAAAACACGCCAUUUCUUUCGACACUAGAAAGUUCGACAGUUGAAUAAUGGACAAUAUUUGGCUGACCUGCAUUGCUAUGCUUCUAGCGACAUCGGCAACAGUUUUACAACUUUCAGAGGCAGCAUGCGGUGGUUCAAGACCAACAUGCAAUACGGAUGAUGACUGUGAUCCUGGUUUAGUGUGUCUGCCAACUGGACAAUCAGGGGUUAAGAAAUGCUGGAACUGCGAAUGCUCUGACACAAGUCAAUGCGAAAUUAUACAAGGCAAACUGACGUGUAAUUGUUCCCAAACAGCUGGUUAUUACGGAACACAUUGUGAUUGUCCGCCUGUAAGCGACGAAUCAUGCGCAGAUGCCUUUUCCGUAUAUGGUGAGUGCAAUACGUUCUCCGAUGAUGCAUUUGAAGUUCUUAACAGCAGAAUUCUUAACGCCGGCGAGACAGUUGAACCUGUAUUCACAUAUUUUUACACAAACUCUAGCGGAGAAAGUGAUUGUAAGGCAAAGUGUAUAGAGAACGACUGUCACGUCUUUACCUACGGACAAGGUAGUUGUGACGUGUUUGGAAAAACAGACACAAUGCCGCUCUCAACAAUAUUGGACAGUAUCAGUGAAGAAGACACUUUUGAUAUUCAUAUUAGAAAAUGUAUCGAGUGUUAA